AUGGCCAGUGCCUAUGACCCUUCCACCUGCCAAGGGCAAGUGGACCUGUGGAGGCGCAGGGAGGGCUCCGCCGUCGGUUCCCAAGGCAACGGGUUUCAACAGUUCGAGCCCAGCUCGUGCCUGGAGGCCUCCUGGCGCCCACCAGCCGGCAUAUGCGCCGCCGAGAUGGACCGUCACGUUGCCCAGCGAUACCUGCUCAGGCUGCGGCUCGGAAAGGGGGCCUAUGGCAUCGUGUGGAAGGCGGUGGAUCAGAGGACUGGCGAGGUCGUGGCCAUCAAGAAAAUCUUUGAUGCCUUCAAGGACAAGACGGAUGCCCAAAGGACGUUCCGGGAAAUCAUGCUGCUCCAGGAGUUUGGGGACCAUCCCAACAUCGUCCGCCUCCCGGGUGUGACCUGGGCAGAGAAUGACAGGGACAUUUACCUGGUGUUUGAGUCUAUGGACACCGACCUGAAUGCCGUCAUCUGCAAGGGCACACUGCUAAAGGACAGCCACAAGCGCUACGUCUUCCACCAGCUCCUGUGGGCCACCAAGUUCAUUCAUUCAGGAUGAGUUAUCCACCAGGACCAGAAACCAUCCAACGUUCUCCUGGACGCCAGCUGUUUGGUGAAGCUCUGCGACUUUGGCCUCGCCCACUCCCUCAGCAGCCUCCCUGAGGGGCCCGAGGGCCAUGCCCUGACGGAGUGCGUGGCCACGCGAUGGUACCGGGCUCCGGAGGUGUUCCUGUCCUCGAGCUGGUACACCCCCGGGGUGGACAUGUGGAGUCUGGGCUGCAUCCUGGGGGAGAUGCUAGCGGGGCGGCCCCUGUCCCCGGCACGUCCACGCUUCCAGCUGGGGCUGAUCCUGGAGGGCAUCCCACCACCCUCCGAGGACGACCUCCUGGCUCUCGGCGCUGGCUCCGGCGCCUCGGUUGUGCAGCGCCUGGGGUCCCGCAGGAAGGGGGGGCGGACCCUGGAGCGGCUGAGAGGCCGGCUGCCCACAGGCCGGGCCCUGGACCUCCGCGAGUGGCCCCUGGUGUUUGCCCCCGACAAGCGGCUCAGCGCGGCCCAGGCCCUGCAGCACCCCUACGUGCAGCGGUUCCACUGCCCGGCCCGGGAGUGCACCCUGGAGGCGGACGUGCGGCUCCCGGUGCACGAAGGAGCCCAGCUCUCGGACCGAUAUCGCAGCCGCCUCUAUCAGAUGAUCCUGGAGCGCAGGGGUAACGUCCGCGUCCCGAGGGAGACGGGCCUGGGCGGCGUCCCCACGCCCCCGGUGCCCCCACUCAAACCCAGAGCCGCGGCCAAGCUGCCCUCGGGCUCGCCUGCGCGGAAGCCCGGACGCCGGCCUCGAAGUAACCCCGGUCACGGCCCCGCGCACGAUGUCCCCGGCGGAGCCAAGGACCCUCCCAGGCAGAGCUCGGCCCCCCUGCACCAGCCUCCGCCCCCAGGAGGUCUUGGGAGAGGGAAAGGGCCCCGCUGGGCGACGGCAGGACUCCCCUCGGCAUCCUGCUGGGUGAAGCCCAGCGGGAGGGGGGCGGCGCCCUCCUUGACCUCGCAGGCCGCCGCCCAGGUGGCCGUCCAGGCCUUGAUCCGGAGUGACCGGAACCCGGGCCGUGGUGGCAACGCGGCCGGCGCGUGACCGGUGAGCCCGUUCCUCCCCGGCCUCCCCGGAGGCCGGCCCGGCCGGAGGAUGUUCAGCGCCUCGGCCUCGCAGGAGGCCCAGGGGGCCGCGCGGGCCGCGCUCGGGGGCUGCUCCCAAGCCUACGGGACCGUCUGCCACUCGGCGCUGGGCUGCCUGCCCCUGCUCCCCGGACCCCGCGCCUGAGCCGCCCUAUGGGUCUUCAACCGGCCAUCCCCGGCACCCAGCCCCGCGCCCCUCCCCCAGUCCCUGGAUUGCCCCU